UCAUCUGUGUGUACACUUUACGUCGGCAGUUUUUAUGGCACGCGGCCUCACGUAGACGGGACGCCAAGUUUAAAUUUCCGAGCUAGUGUUGAAAACUUAAAAAUAUCGACAGACAGAAGUUAUAUGCUGGACAUGGCAGCUUGUCAAGAGUGGAGAUUAAAGAGAUAUGGUCGUUUUGUUCCUGGCUCAGAGGAAACAGGUGGAAAGGCGUGGAAGGUGUUUGAGACUAAUGAUGACAAGCCAGGAGUUGUUCUCACAAUUUUGGAAUCUGGGUACUUGAUGGUGUUGCAGGGAAAGCAAAGUUUGGAUACAAUUCCUUUGCUUUGUGCUUCAGAUUCUCUCAAAGUAUACCAGAAAUCUGAUAACCUCAUGUUUCAAUUUACUGUGAAGGGAGAGAGGCGCAUGAUGAGGAUGCAGUUUAAUGGAAGUAGCAAAGCUGAGGCUAUCAAGAAGUGUUCAAGUGCUGCGGAAAAAUUGAUGGAGUACAUACCUGUUACCACACAGAAAGACACCCCACUGGCACUGAAUCAGACCCCUGCAGGGGUUACUGCACCAGUAAAACAGAAGACUUCACAGAGAAAGUCUGUGGGAGCUGAACCUGGAGUCGUCAAAGGUUCUUUGUCCAUAGAGCAUCUCACCCAGCACUUCUUAGGAGACACUGCUGUGACACUGCCUCAGGUGUAUCACCACAGUUCUUUGGCACAAGUUGACCUGGGACCCAUCCUGCGUUUAUGUCUUCUUGAUCCCAGCUUUCCUGCCUUUGUGGAUGAUGUCGAGGGGGAGUUGAGGAAACUGCUUGAAGAGUGAGAAAUCUUAUCUGCAGCUGAAAGCAAAAAGGUCAAGUUAGUGCAAUGUGUUCUUUCUUAUACAGUUUGUGUAGGCAGUGCCUGUUGGUGGUGCAGUGUUUGUUGCUUUGCUGCGGAUGUUCUUCUGGAAUAUUGUUACACAUUAGCUGUUAUUGUAUGUGGUCUAAAAAGGAUGCUUUAAAUGAGUUUCCACUGGAGCGAGAACUUAAAAAAAAACAAAGAAUCUGAAACAGAAAAGAAUUUCAAACUUUUUAUUCAGAAAAAAAAUAUUGGUCUCACUCAUGUUUGAUCGUGGCUAUAUACUCUGGUCCCUCAGUUCCCACCUUGAUGCAGGUCCAUUUCCACCUCAACACACAUGGAUACAUUGUAUUGAAACAGGAGUCAUGCAGCUACAGCAGUGAAUUUUGCUAUCCCGCUUCCAAGUGAUUCCCACAAUAUUAAAGCUUCACUGAGUAAAACAAACUGCCCUCCAUAUAUCUAUUUAUGAAUACAUAUUGCAUAGGAUUAUAGCCAUGCUAUACAGUUAAAGAGAAAAAUUAAAAAAUAGAAAUCAAUAAAUGAAAUCGGGAAAUAUAAAAAACAUUUUUUUACAGAUUUCCUAUCAUUUGAACACUCAUACUCAAACAUAUACAAGACACCUAAUUUACUCUGGAAAGAAAAGAAAAUAAUACACAUAUCAUUUUGUUUAGAUAGUUAAACACACAGUAGUCAUUUUCUGUAAUCACUCUCAAUUAAAUUUAAAUACUGCCAGUCGUCGAAGCCCUUGCUUCACAAUAAAAGUUCUGUUUAAAAGUGGGCUUCACAAAAUCAAACAGUUAACUGACCAUGAUAUGCUGUACAAAUUUUCAAGAAUAAAACUAACUAUACAUAUAUAUGUAUUUAUAAAUAUACAUAUAUAUAUUAAAUAGGGAUGACUCCAUAAAAAACAUAGGUCAUUUUAGAUGCAAAAAAAAAAGCCACACGAGGGA